AUGUCGUUUCUUAAGUGUAACUUCCUCGCUACAGUUCCAUUCUCUCUAUAAAAAGCGGAAAGAGAGAGAAACCAAAUCCGUAAGCAUAGCAACACAAAAGAUACCGACACCACCACCGUCCGCUGCGGCAAUGCUGCCGGAGAUACCUCCGGCACCACUACCUUUACAGUUACUCCUUUAAGGUUUUUUCACUUCUAUCAAAAAUGUCGGUCCAGAGUAAGCAGAACCAGAACCAAACACGUGACAUGAAGCACCGAGUACUCACAUGCCUCCACAAGCUUUCCGACCGGGACACGCAUUCCGCGGCGGCUUCUGAACUCGAGUCCAUUGCUAAAACCCUUUCCCCUGAAACAAUUCCUCCUUUUGUUUCCUCCAUUGCCGCCACCGAUUCCUCCGAUAAAUCUCCAGUCCGUAAACAAUGCCUCCGCCUCAUCUCUCUUCUCUCCGAGCACCACGGCGAUUCACUCUCUCCUCAUCUCUCAAAGCUUCUCACCGCCGUCGUUCGCCGCCUCCGUGAUCCUGAUUCCGCCGUACGCGCCGCCUGCGUGUCUGCUUGUGCUUCCAUUUCGUCGCACUUGACUAGACCUCCGUUCUCUUCCAUUAUCAAGCCGUUCCUGGAAGCGCUUUUCACGGAACAGGAGAUGAACGCGCAGAUCGGCGCCGCCUUGUGCUUGGCGGCAGCUAUCGAGGCGUCGCCAGAUCCGGAUAUUGCCUGUUUGAGGAAGUCGUUGCCGAGAUUUGAGAAGUUGCUUAAAAGUGAGAGCUUCAAAGCGAAGGCAGCACUGCUUACGUUGAUUGGCAGUGUGAUCGCAGUGGGAGGAGCUUCUAGUCAGCAGAUUGUGAGGAAUUUGGUGCCGUACUUGGUUGAAUUCAUGAGUAGUGAUGAUUGGGCGGCUAGGAAAGCCAGCGCUGAGGCUUUACAGAGGCUCGCGGUAGUCGAAGGAGACGCUCUAUCCGAGUUCAAAGCCUCGUGCUUGAAGACUUUUGAAGCGAAACGAUUCGAUAAGGUAAAGGCAGUUAGGGAAACAAUGAAUCAAAUGUUGGAGGCAUGGAAGGGAAUCCCUGAUUUGUCUGAUGAUGGUUCCCCUCCUCCCCAGUCAAAUUCCUCUUCCAAAGAAAUUGCAAGUGAUGGACGUUACCCACCUGGUUUGAAGACUUCCAGGGCUGUGAGCUCCAGUACUCCUAGUGUAAAAAGACCGGCUAACAAGUCUUCUAUAGCAGAUGAUUCAACUCCUCCUGCUGCCCGGAAAGGUCGUCCUCUGGACAGUAGUGAAAAGAAAUCAAGUCCAGCAAUCUUUCGCAAACUUGAUCGUAAGAAGCCAUGGAAAGUUGAAGUUUCUGCUUCUCAUGGUUCUUCUGGUACUAUCGCUUCUGAGGAUGAUCACCAAAAUAAAGAUGGGAUAAAGUUGGGCAAAGACAAGUUGGAAACACAUGAAAGACCUGAAGUCAAACGGACUCUUUUCAGUAAGAUCACUAAUGAAACCAAGAAUGGUGUGGUGAAGGCUGGAUCUCGUGUGGUUCCGUAUCAAGAUGAGAUAUCAGAAGCUACUGUAGUUGUGAGUAAUGGAACUGGAGAUCUCUGUCGGAACCCAAAAGAUUGUGAAGAUCUCUCUCUGAUCCGAAAACAACUGGUUCAAAUUGAAACUCAGCAGUCCAAUUUGUUAGAGCUUCUGCAGAAAUUUAUGGGGAACUCACAAAAUGGCAUGCGUUCUCUGGAGACACGUGUUCAUGGUCUGGAGCUGGCAUUAGAUGAAAUCUCAUUUGACUUGGCUAUGUCAAAUGGAAGGAUGUCAAAAACCAACUCUGCAGCCACGUGUUGCAAGCUACCAGGUGCAGAAUUCUUGACUUCAAAACUUUGGAAGAGAACAGAAGAUCGCGGCGCAACUUCACACUUUUCUGCUUCUGGAGUAGCCUCAUCAGCAGUAGGUGUUAUAAGCAACGAAGCUGGUGAAAGAUUUAAGUUGGAGCAUAGGAGACAUCGGCUCCAUAGUAGUCGUGGGUUUAUUGUGAACCCAUUAGCUGAAAUUCAUGGUGACCCCCAAGGAAUUUCUGAACCUUCGAUCGGUGGAGUUUCAAAAAAUUUGCGAAAUGGUGUAUGAUAGUUUAUGUCAGGCUUUGGAGGCUGGAUUGAAGACCGAGUUUAAUACUCAAUUCAGCGUGGACUGAACAUUAUAGUAGGAUGUAAAAAAUGAAGCAGCAAGCAGUUUCUUACUAGAACUACUAUUAUAAUUGUGGAUUUACAUAUUUUGCCAGGGUUAUUCAUUCAGAAAGCUUUGCCAAGUGCACCAUAGCCUACCCAGAUCAUUCAACCAAACUUUGGUUAGAAUUAGUGUUUAUAUUUUGAUAUCUUUGUUUUGAUAUUACUAAGAAGAAAAGAUAAUGGGAAAAAGAAAGGACCACUUAAUGGCAAGUCUGAUAUGAAAACUGGCCAUGUAUAGAAGGAUAUUUCGUGUAUUUCAUUUUUUGCCAGGAAUUGGUUUCUAUUCUUUUUGAUGCAUUGUCAUUAUACGGUUUGAAAUGAUAUCCGAAUAUGUAAAUGAUUGUUGCCA